AUGGCGUCCCCGGCUAUCAGAAAGGCGAUCGCUGAAGCGGCGUCGCAGUACUCCAAGCCCGAAGGGAAGGUCUUUCAAUAUGGUACCGCGGGGUUCCGUAUGAAGGCUGAUCUCCUCAACACCGUAGUCUUCACCGUGGGCUUGCUUGCUGGGCUUCGUUCCAGGAAGCUUAGUGGACAAUGGGUUGGUGUCAUGGUCACUGCCAGUCACAACCCCGCGGAAGAUAAUGGUGUCAAGUUGAUUGAUCCCAUGGGUGAAAUGUUGGAGGCUGAGUGGGAAACUUAUGCCACCAGACUUGCCAAUGCCCCGCUUGACAAGGUCGGUGAUGUCUUUGACGAACUCAUCAAGGAGAUCGAUGUCAGCAUGGAGAACCCCGCUCGUGUCGUCUUCGCUCGCGACACUCGUGCCUCUGGCUCGCGUCUGGUCUCUGUCAUCAAUGCCGCCCUUACCGCUUCGGAGGUCGAAUUCAUCGAUCUGAAGUACAUGACCACCCCUCAGCUCCACUAUGUUGUGCGCUGCAAGAACACUCUGGGCACCCAGUAUGAGUAUGGCGAGCCCACAGAGCAGGGCUACUAUGAGAAGCUUGCCGAAGCUUUCAAGAGAGUUAUGCGUGGUGUUAAGGUCAAGGGCUCGUUGACCGUGGACUGCGCGAACGGUGUUGGUGGGCCCAAGCUGAGAGAGCUCAUCAAAUACCUGCCCGGCCCGGAGGAGGGUGGCAUGGAUAUCAAGAUAGUUAAUGAUGAUGUCAUUAACCCUGAUAGCCUGAACUUUGAAUGUGGUGCCGAUUAUGUCAAAACGAAACAACGUGCUCCGCCUUCCUCCAAGGCAGCUGCUCUUGACCGCUGUGCCUCGCUGGAUGGUGACGCCGAUCGUAUCGUGUACUACUUCAUCGACGAGAGCAACACUUUCAGAUUGCUUGACGGUGACCGCAUUGCCACCCUUGCGGCCUCCUUCAUCGGCGAUCUUGCGCGGAGCGCUGGGAUUGCGCAGAAGCUCAAGAUCGGCGUCGUCCAGACCGCUUACGCCAAUGGUUCCAGCACGGACUACAUCGAGAAGGUCCUGAAGUUGCCUUCUGUUUGCACCAACACUGGUGUCAAGCAUCUGCACCAUGCGGCCCUGCGCUUCGACGUUGGCGUCUACUUCGAGGCCAACGGUCACGGUACCAUUACUUUCUCCGAGACCGCCUUGAAGACCAUUAAGAACACUGAGCCCCAGUCUCCUGCCCAGCAGCGCUCCCUUGAGUGCCUCCAGGCUCUUACUGACCUGAUUAACCAGGCGGUCGGUGAUGCCAUCUCCGACAUGCUCCUGGUCGAAGCUAUUCUUGCUCACAAGGGCUGGAGCCCCAAGGAAUGGCUUGCUACUUACACCGACCUUCCCUCGCGACUUGUCCGCGUGGAGGUUGCAGACCGCUCCAUCUUCAAGGCUUACGAUGCCGAGCGCAAGCUCGAGUCGCCUCCAGGCCUCCAGGCUAAGAUUGAGUCCCUCCAGUCCCGCUACAACAAGGGCAGAAGCUUUGCCCGUGCAAGUGGCACGGAAGAUGCGGUGCGUGUCUAUGCUGAGGCAGCAAGCCGCUCCGAGGCGGACGACCUUGCUACCCGUGUCGCGAACGCCGUCCGCGAGGCUGGCACUGCCAAGGAAACAUUGCAGUCUGCUUGA